AUGACUGCGAUACCUCCAGAUACAGCUGAUGCUGCUGACUCCCCAAUAUUUCACCCUACCGAUGCGGAUGCUCUUACAAGAGCGGGUCACUUGAAGCCAGCGCAUGGAAGAAGACGUGAAGUGUCAUUGCAUCUAAUGUCUGAGGAGUAUAUCUCAAGCUCGAGUGGGUCAGAAGAUACGCAGAUAGUUCCAGAUCUACUUGUGUCUCCGGAGACACUGAUAUAUCUCGGGUGGGGGUUACAAAAAGCUGGAGAGAUUUGGAGCAGAUGGCGAGAGAUCAAAGAAGCUGAGACAGAAGAUGGGCAAGAGGUUAUUGAGAUGGAGUUUUUAGGGUUCGUCCUUGAAAGAUACGUUCCGGAGGUCAACAUUUCAGAUGGUCGGGAGGCGUGUAUUGAGCAAAUGGAGCUCUGGGGAUUGGCGGGUGAGCUGAUCAACUGCAUAAUGGCAAGUGCAUUUGAAGGUGUACGGAUGACCGAAACGAUUCAGUACUGGGUCCGCGACACGAUGAGUAUUCGAUACUUAGGUCUUGAGGGGUUACAAAAGAAUAGUGCCAGAAGAGACGAGAGGAGGAGAAAUGGCACCGAAGAUGGUGAGUCUGAGAUAAGAGCUGCGGUUGCAAGAGCGCCUUCAUCAGCCGUACCUGGACAUACGAUACUCUACAAAGCCAUUUCCAGCACCCGAGUUGCGUAUUUAUCGGAUGGAAGUAUAGAUAUCGAAUCUCUCGCGAGCUUGCCGCCAACAGAUUUCAGAGGAAGGAUCUUUGCACCAAUUUACUUCACCCCGAGCCUCAGUGUCGCGAAAGUAUAUCGCGGUUAUGUCCGAAACCGAACAUCAUCCCCAGCCUUGAUGAUACAGAUGAUUGUACCGAAUUCUUUCUUAGAGGCUCUCCCCCCAUACGUUUGUCCAUUCGGAGAUCUGUGGAAGCAGGUUGUGUAUACCUGUAGAGGAGGUGCAAAUUUACGAGGUACCAUGGCUAGGAUGCACAGUCAUGCACUAAUCAUCGCUCCUAUUGCAAAGGGAGACAAUAACGCCAUUGCUCGUCUUAGAGAUUGGCGAGAGGUUACACUGAACAACGUCAUGCACGUGGAUGGGGAAAAGGCCAUCCAGUACGUUUUCCAGACAGAAUCUGUGUUUCGAGAGCUAGAAGAGGUGUGCGAGCUGAGCGUGAUCAAGGUUUAG